UUGGCUGGCGACCAGUUCGGGGUGGAACCCGCCUCUCGCCCGGAGUCAGCUGGGAUCGGCUCCGGCACGCUCGCGACCCGCGUGAGGAGAAGCGCGACAGCAAAUGGAGAUAUAUGCAUAGAAAAUCUCAGGACAUGUCUCGAUUUGACAAGGUUUGCAUUUUUAAACCGUACACAUUUUUGCCACUCGUAAAUCUGAUGGAAUCGCAUAUUCUGCUCUAGUUUGGUGGUUAGGGUUUUGUGGUGCAGUCAUCUCAAAUGUGAGCACACUCGCUCGGAGUGUCAACAAAUUCGAGCAGUUGAAUUAUUUUGGUGCAUGGACGCGAUUGCUAUUUUUACCACCACACGCACACUUGAUGCUAAAUUAGCUGUACUCGGCAAGCCUUACCUUCGCACGGCCUCGGAUGGUCAAAUGCUGAAGAGAAGGUGCCGACGUAAGCAGAACAAACUCCUAAAUAACUAACAUUCUUUUGGAGGAAAGUGUUUUGACUGGAAUUUCUUGAAGCUAAUGACGCUAUGCUAACGUUUAGCUGGACGAAUUCGCGGCGAGGCUUGAAUCAAAUACGUCCGGGGUCGGAGUGCCACUGCGCAUGCGUGUCUAGUCUCCAAGGAGCGCUCGAUUUGCGUGCUUUAGCUACCUCCGCGAGUAGCAACGGUUUUCAGACGCCAAACAACCACCACCCCCGCCCGCACGUUUGGUUCGGGUCAUUAAAUCGAUCGUACAUGCUGAAGCGACACGGUCAGUGUCAAUCGGGCUAGUUUGGAGUUAGCCAGCUAGCUGGUUGAAGUCAAGUCCAACAGUCGGAGAGCGACUCGAGCUGUUCUCGGAGGAUGGCGGAGGGCGGCGGGAGCGUAGACCCGGCCGGCCUGCCCCCGGGGGACCCCCAGCUCAUCGCCAUGAUCGUGGAGCACCUGAAGAACCGAGGACUUUUCGACGAGUUCCGCCGCGACUGCCUGGCCGACGUCGACACCAAGCCGGCCUACCAGAACCUUCGUCAGAAGGUGGACAACUUUGUGACGUCGCACCUGAGCACUCAGGACUGGAAGGCGUCCAUCAACAAGAACCAGAUGAGGAACGGACUCAGACAAAGUGUGGUCCAGUCGGGCAUGUUGGAGUCGGGGGUGGACCGGAUCAUCACUCAGGUGGUGGACCCCAAGAUGAACCACACCUUCAGACCGCACAUCGAGACGGCCAUCCAAGACUUCCUGUCGGGAGACAAGAAGGAUGAGCGCGCCGCCGCCAACCGUUCCCAGCAGCCGUCCGAGGAACCCGAAACCCCUUAAGGUGGUCGCACGGGCCGCUCGGGAUGUGGAUUGUGCCUGUUGAGGAGCGGGACACGACGCGUGAUGAUGAUGACAUCGCACACGUGACGCGUCCUCU